CUCCCUAUCCCUAUUCCUUGUAGUAAGAGAGAGGUAGUGGGAAGAGGCAAAAGAGGCCCCCAAAAUCAGGUAUAAAAAGGCCACCAUUUCGGCCAUAUAAAGGCCACUACUUUCGAGCCUCUUAAAUGGAAAUCAUCAGUUUCUUCUUGUUCUUGCUACUAGUACUAUUCCCUCCUCACUGCUACUACUACUACUACUAGAACUAGUCAACUGGUAGCCUCUUAGAAGAAGAAGAAGAAGAAGAAACCUCGUCCUUUAUUUGGUUACUGAUUUUGGUUCUUGUUUCUCCCUGCAAAUAUAUAUAUAUAUAUAUACAUAUAUAUAUAAAGAUAUAUAAUCCUAUUUGCCUUCUUCUUCCCUUUCUUCAGACACACGUCGUAUUAUUAUCAGGACAAGUGUACAUAAACGCAGGGCUGUGUUCAGCGAUCAUUUAAAGGUUGAAAUAGGAUUGAGAGAAAUGGUAGUGGACAUGGAAGAAGUGGUGGCAGUGGUGGUGGUGAGGGAGUUCGAUGCAAAAAGGGAUUCUAGUGCGGCGGUGGAACUAGAGGGGAGGUGUGAAGUUGGGCCAAGUGGAGAGAUGUCCCUCUUCACUGAUCUUAUGGGUGACCCUAUUUGCAGGGUCCGUAACUCACCUGCCUAUCUCAUGCUGGUGGCUGAGCUAGUGGUGGUGGCCAGUAAAGAAGAAAGUCAAGUGAGGAGAGAAAUAGUGGGAAUGAUAAGGGGCUGCAUCAAAACCGUUACGUGCGGAAAGAAAUUCUCCAGAAUUUCAAACGGCAACAAGGAUCGUCGUCCUACAAAUCCCUUCCUUCCCAUCUACACCAAACUUGCCUACGUCUUAGGCCUUCGCGUCUCUCCUUCCCAUCGGAGGAUGGGAAUUGGGAUGAAGCUGGUGUGUAAAAUGGAGGAGUGGUUCCGUGAAAAUGGUGCUGAAUAUUCGUACAUGGCUACUGAGAGUGACAACAAGGCCUCCAUUCAGCUCUUCACCCACAAAUGCGGUUACUCCAAGUUCCGUACCCCGGCGAUCCUGGUCCAACCUGUGUUUGAACACCGCGUUCGACUCACCCGACGAGUUACAGUCGUCAAACUCACUUCCUCCGACGCCGAAGCCCUCUACCGCAGCCGAUUCUCCACCACCGAGUUCUUCCCUCGCGACAUUGACUCCAUUCUCAACAACAGGCUCAAUCUGGGCACUUAUCUAGCGGUCCCGAGGGGCGCCUACUCGGCUGAGUCAUGGCCGGGUAUGGAUGAGUUCCUAGCGAGCCCGCCCGAGUCGUGGGCCGUGCUCAGCGUGUGGAACUGUAGCGACGUGUUCAAGCUGGAGGUCCGCGGAGCGUCGGCCCUGAGAACGGGUCUGGCCAGGACAACCCGGUUGGUGGACAGGGCUUUUCCUUGGCUGCGGAUACCUUCGGUGCCCGAAGUUUUCCGCCCAUUUGGGCUUCACUUCUUGUAUGGGCUAGGCGGGGAGGGCCCACUUUCGGUGAAAUUCAUGAAGGCACUGUGUGGGUUCGCGCAUAACCUGGCUAAAGAGUGCGGUUGCGGGGUGGUGGCGACGGAGGUGGCCGGUCGAGAACCGCUCAAGUUAGGAAUCCCUCACUGGAAGAGUCUAUCUUGCGCCGAGGAUCUAUGGUGCAUAAAACGUUUAGGGGAGGACUACAGUGACGGGUCAGUGGGCGACUGGACCAAAUGUCCUCCUGGUUUGUCCAUAUUCGUUGAUCCCAGAGAGUUCUAACGUCUAGGCAGGUCCUCACCAGGACAAAACAAAGAAUCUAACUCCCUUCU